AUGGCUCGCAAUCGCCCGCUCCCCCUCUCCGAUGAGUGGGAGGACCCUGAACAAUAUAUCAAAGAGCUCCUCGGCUUUGCGACCACCAAUGUCCUAUUCAUGAACCUCUGCGGCGGCGUACACAUUCUGGACUUUUUGACGCGCGAGCCCGACCUGUAUACUACAUUAUUGCCCGAGGACUGGCGCGAAUUCUUCGAGUAUCACGAUAUCCACGACAUAUUGCAACUCCUUCUGCGCGAUGACAUCGAGUCUCUCAGAGCACGCUCGACGGACGAACAGACCUCUGAGGGUGCACGCAAAUGGAGGGAUGGCGCGUACCCUCCCUCAAGCCUCUUGAAUUACAUCCAUGACAUUCGCCGAUUGAGCCUGCGUCGCGAAUUUGAGCGACCAUCGCCCAAAAUGAAGCUUCCGAGACAUGUGGCUGUUGGUAUGAAAACGAAAAAGGAGCACGAGGUCGAAUGUUUCUCGAGCUUCGUCGCAUCACUUUCCGAUACGGUGGCCGAGCGCCGCGAAGAGCCGGUCACUCACAUUGUGGAUUUUGGAUCGGGACAGAAUUAUCUUGGGCGGACGCUGGCCAGUUCACCUUACCACAAACACAUCAUUGCGAUUGAAAGGAAGCAUCAGUAUAUUGCGGGCGCAAAGGGUAUGGAUGUCUCCGCCAAGCUGCGCGAAAGGGAGAGAUCCAAGACGGUAUAUGUUCACAAUCGGAGAAAGUCCUGCGAUGACUGCAAUGAGGGUAGUGGUGCGCCACCAAAAGCUAUGGAAGAGAACGCCGAGGCUGUGCCUGUAGAGACAGAGAAGAGCCGGUCCUCUGAUGAGGCGGGGGCCCAGGGAGAGCCUGCAGAUGGAGAAGAGAAUGUGACAAUGUUUAAGAUGCUGGGAGAAAUCACCCUUGAACCGCACGAGUUACUUGGAUCAAUGACCAAAGGCUCUCAAAAGGUCAGGCCUGAGCAUGAAAUUGACACUCGGGGUACCAUCAGCUACAUUGAGCAUGAUAUUCAAGAUGGAUAUCUCGAGCCUAUCAUCGACCACGUCGUCAACCCGUCCGCCGUCACAACACCGGAUGAAGCCCCUUCCCCUGCUUUAGUUCAUCCCGACGAGAAGCGACCAAACGACGCUCGAGUCAUGGUUGUCUCUCUCCACUCCUGCGGUAACCUGGUUCAUCACGGCGUCCGCUCCCUCAUCCUCAAUCCCUCCGUUGUCGCGGUCGCCAUGAUCGGUUGCUGUUACAAUCUGAUGACUGAACGCCUCGGACCUGCAACUUACAAACUGCCCGUCCUUCGAUCCCUUCAUCCCCGUCUCCAAGCGACCGGAAACUCCUAUGAUCCUCACGGAUUUCCCAUGUCUAAACACUUCGAGACGUACGAAAGCCCCGGUGCAAUCGGCAUGAAGUUCAACAUCACGGCGCGUAUGAUGGCUGUGCAAGCGCCAUACAACUGGGGCCACGACGACAGCGAGCGCUUCUUUGCCCGCCAUCAUUUCCGCGCUCUCCUACAGCGCAUCUUCGUGGACAAGGGCGUCGCCCCGAAACCAGAAAUUCCCGACAAUUUGUAUGCCGAGGAUCAAGGCGGCGAGUCGACUGCAGCAGUGAUUAUCGGGUCGCUGCCCAAGCGUGCUUUUGAAUCUUUCACUGCGUACGUGCGAGCCGCGACGGCUCGGUUGUUGCGAGACCCGAAGCAUGCAUCUCGGGUGCAAGAGCAUAUCGCUUCGAUGACGGAUGAAGAGAUCCGCCAAUAUGAGAUGGAUUAUCAAGCGAGUAAGAAGCAUUUGAGCGUUGUGUGGAGUCUGAUGGCUUUUAGUGCACAGGUUGUCGAAGCGGUCAUCGUCGUGGACCGCUGGCAAUUCUUGAGGGAACAUGACUCUGUCAAGGAGUGUUGGGUUCAGCCGGUUUUUGACUACAAUGAGAGUCCAAGGAAUCUCGCGGUGAUUGGCAUUAAGAAGUAG